AUGGCUGGAGAUCAUUGCCGGGAAACAUGUCAGCCCCAUGUACGAGAGAGAGAACGUGCUCAUAUCCUGAAAGGAGAAGACAGCGGCUGGGACAAAGUUCCCCGUGUGAAAUACAUAACUAGAGGCCGGUACGGCUGCAGAUCAUUUCUUUACGAUUCUCAAUGGCCACCCGUGGACACGCAGAGAAAGUCUUUUGCGCUCGACGCUCCAGCAAGGACAGAUUCCCAAUUCGCAGUAAUUGCCACGUCUGGCAGACCAAAGAAACGACUUGGGUCCGCGGUGACCUUUAUCACACCUCCGUUUGAGCGUAACACACUCGUUGCAGGACAGUCUAUCGUGAAGCUGUUCCUGUCCGUCAAGGGGGCAUCCGACACUGACCUGUUCCUCGGCUUGCGAUACAUCUCCAAGGAUGGCCACGAAAUUUUGUUCGACGGCAUCUUGGACUCGCCUAAUUUGCUGGUCGCUUAUGGCCACCAAAGACUGUCCCUGCGUAAGCCCGACGACAAGAUCAGUCACGGCGAUUUUCUCUACACUGACGGAUCAGUUUCGGAGCCGGUAAAGGAAGGCGAGAUCGUCGAGGUCCACGUCAUGCUUAGUCCCAUCAGCGUGAUCGUCGAAAAAGGCGGCAGAUUGGUGCUCGAGGUUUCCUCGCGCAACGUCGAGAAUUCUUAUUGCUAUAUCAUGAACGAUCCGAAUGACAGGAAGACGGGAGGUGUAGUCAAGAUCCAUACCGGUGAAUCUCAUCCUUCGGAGCUCAUGCUGCCUUUUCAGCCGGUAGAAUUGCGUGGCAUGCCCGAGGGAAUCUAG